CGCGGGAAGUCGAGGAAGGAGAGUUAUUCCAUCUACAUCUACAAAGUGAUGAAGCAGGUUCACCCGGAUACCGGCAUCUCCUCCAAGGCCAUGGGCAUCACGAACUCGUUCGUGAACGAUAUUUUGGAGGCUUCCCGCCUGGCGCAUUAUAACAAGCGGGCGACCAUCAGCUCCCGAGAGAUUCAGACCGCGGUGCGCCUGCUUCUUCCCGGGGAGCUGGCCAAGCACGCCGUGUCGGAAGGGACAAAGGCGGCGACCAAGUACACCAGUUCCAAAUAAAGAUCCACACAUUGUUGAAAAAGCACCCAAAACCCAACGGCUCUUUUUAGAGCCACCCACAUUUUCGCAGAAAGAGUUGUACUAAUGUUUCGACAUUGAAUCGCAGCAGAAUUGUUUCAGGAUAUUUUUGCUUGGCGAAUUAUUUCACAUUCUGUUUAGUGAUUAAAUUAAAUUCCAAUAUACGCGGGAUAUUCCCGGUAUCCAUGUUGCGUUCCUGUCCAUCAAACAGAAGUAAAACUCCUUUCCCUUCA